UGCAGGAAGUCAUCCAAUCCUGAUAAGUUGACAUGUAGAAUAAAGUUUAUGGUGUUAUUUAUUGCUAAGGUAGUCCUGGUUAAAGGUUACGUGUGUACCGCUGGAGGAGGGGCAGGCAAGGGAGAAUGUAGGUAACUAAAGUGAAAUAGAGCUGACGUAUUCAGAGCUUACGUUGCUAGAGGUGAGAUCAGUUACCUACUCGCAACUGAAAUUUCAAACUUCUGCUUAGCAGGGACCUGAGUGGACAAAUGGUGACUGAUAGUUGGAAAUACCGGCAGACAUCUUAAGUUUUAUGUUCAGAUGAACGAGCAAUGAACCAGGAGAAUAAGUCCAGUUGUUUUUGGCUGCUUGUAAUUUUUAUCUUCUUAUUUAAAAUCACAGCGUCUUUUUCAAUGAAUGCCUAUGUGACUGUGACUUAUUAUAAUGAAACCAGCAACUACACUACAAUAGAGAGGUGUGAAUGUGGUGUUUAUGGAUUAGCUUCACCAGUGGCUAAUGCUAUGGGGGUGGUGAGCAUCCCUAAGAACAAUAAGUACCAAGCUUGUGACUACAACACUGAGUUUACUAAUACUAACAGUCCCUGGAUUGCGCUGAUAGAAAGAGGUAAUUGUACAUUUUUGGAAAAAAUUCAAGCAGCAGGCAGAAGAAACGCAGAUGCUGUUGUGAUUUACAAUGUUCCGGACACUGGCAACCAGACGAUACAGAUGGCCAAUUUCGGUGCAGGAGACAUUGUUGCAAUCAUGAUUGGCAAUCUGAAAGGCACAAAAAUUCUGCAAUCUAUUCAAAGAGGCAUACAAGUAACAAUGGUCAUCGAAGUAGGGAAAAAACAUGGCCCUUGGGUGAAUCACUAUUCAAUUUUCUUCGUUUCUGUGUCCUUUUUUAUUAUUACGGCAGCAACUGUGGGCUAUUUUAUCUUUUAUUCUGCUCGAAGAUUACGGAAUGCAAGAGCUCAAAGCAGGAAACAGAGACAAUUAAAGGCAGAUGCUAAAAAAGCUAUUGGGAGGCUUCAACUACGUACACUGAAACAAGGAGACAAGGAAAUUGGCCCUGAUGGAGAUAGUUGUGCUGUGUGUAUUGAACUAUAUAAACCAAAUGAUUUGGUGCGCAUCUUAACCUGCAACCAUAUUUUCCAUAAGACAUGUGUUGACCCAUGGCUGUUAGAACACAGGACUUGCCCCAUGUGCAAAUGUGACAUACUCAAAGCUUUGGGAAUUGAGGUGGAUGUUGAAGAUGGAUCAGUGUCUUUACAAGUCCCUGUUUCCAAUGAAACAUCAAAUAGUGCCUCUCCUCAUGAAGAGGAUAAUCGCAGUGAGACUGCAUCGUCUGGCUAUGCUUCUGUUCAGGGAGCAGAUGAACCACCUUUAGAAGAACAUGUGCAGUCAGCAAAUGAAAAUCUCCAGCUGGUAAACCAUGAGGCAAGUUCCAUGGCAGUGGAUGUUGUUCCUCAUGUUGACAACCCAACCUUUGAAGAAGAUGAAACUCCUGAUCAAGAGACUGCUGUUCGAGAAAUUAAAUCAUAAAAUCUGUGUCAAUAGAAAACUUGAAACUUUAGUAAUAACAGAACUGCCAAUCAGGGCUAGUUUACUAUUAAUGAACUGGAUAAACUUAAUUAAAUAAGAAUGAUACUGAAAGUGCUGAGAUGACUACUAUAAUGCUAUAGUUAAAUUACUUAAAA